AUGCUGACGGCGCUUGCUCCUUAUCCUUCCUCCACAUUCCGACCAACAUCCAUUCGCUGCGCCAACGACCGUCAGGCUCUGUUUAACCGCAUCGCUCCUGUCUAUGAUAACCUGAAUGAUUUGCUGAGCUUGGGCCAGCACCGGAUUUGGAAGCGAAUGGCAGUUUCCUGGACGGGAGCGAAAAUGGGUGAUAGUGUGUUGGAUGUAUGCUGUGGAAGUGGUGAUUUAGCGUUUCUCUUGUCCAACAAUGUUGCCUCCAAUGGCAAGGUGAUUGGUCUUGAUUUCUCAAAAGAACAGCUAAUGGUUGCCGCAUCACGGUCAUUUUCAAAGAACUGCUACAAGAAUAUUGAGUGGGUUCAAGGUGAUGCUCUUGACUUGCCAUUUGACGAUGGUUGGUUUGAUGCAGUCACUAUGGGAUAUGGUCUUCGAAAUGUUGUUGAUAAGCGUAAAGCCAUGCAGGAAAUUUUACGUGUACUGAAGCCCGGUUCUACGGUGUCUAUCCUUGACUUCAAUAAAAGCAAUGAGCUGCUAACUUCUUCAAUUACGGAAUGGAUGAUCGACAAUAUUGUUGUUCCUGUAGCUUCUGUUUAUGGCCUUUCAGAAGACUACAAAUAUCUCAAGAGUUCCAUAAGAGAAUUUUUAACGGGGAAGGAAUUGGAGAAACUUGCUUUAGAAGUAGGAUUUUCGACUGCCCGACAUUAUGAGAUCGGUGGUGGACUCAUGGGGUGCUUGGUAGCUAAACAUUAG